GCGGACAGGAGCGCCCACCUCCAACGGGCGCUGGGACCGCCUGCCUCGUGCCUAGAUCGCUGCCCCUCCCAGCGGUCAAGCUCAGUUUGUUGCUAGGCAGCCAAAGUUUCUUCAGGAUAACGCCCUGUUUGUUUUUCAGAAAUCCUUGGACUACAUAAUGCACCCAUCUCAGUGGCAGAGUUACAUGGCAAUUUUUGCACUUUGUGCCUUCAAAACCACUUGUCUGGAUACCUUUAUUGCAGCUGUAUAUGAGCAUGCAGUGUUAAUACAUCCUGAACACUUAAGGCCUGUUAAUCAGAAAGAAGCCUUAAAUUUAAUGAACAAAAACAUGGACAUUUUGGAGCAAGCAAUUAUAUCAGCAGCAAAGCAGGGUGCACAUAUCAUUGUGACUCCAGAAUAUGGUAUUUCUGGAUUCAUCUCUAAUAGACUAAAGAUUUAUCCCUUUCUGGAGGAUAUUCCACACCCAAAGGUGAACUGGACCCCUUGUACAGACCACAGCAGAUUUGGCAACACACCAGUGCAAGAAAGACUCAGCUGCAUGGCCAGGAAUAACUCUAUCUAUCUGGUAGCAAACAUGAUGGAUAGAAAGACAUGUGAUCCCACAGUGUCCAAGUGUCCCUCUAAUGGCUAUUACCAAUACAACACUAAUGUGGUAUAUGAUUCAGAAGGGAAAUUGGUGGCUCGUUAUUAUAAGAAAUAUAUGUUAACGAAGGAAGCCCAGUUUGAUACCCCAUUCGAGACUGAAUUGGUGACUUUUGAUACAACAUUUGGAAAGUUUGGCAUUUUAACAGGCUUUGAUAUACUUUUUCAUGACCCUGCGGUAACUCUGGUGGAAAAAUUGAAAGUGGACACAAUCGUGUUACCAGUAGCUUGGAUGAACAAUUUACCAUAUUUAUAUCCUACUGCGUUCCAUGCAGCUUGGGCUAUGGGAAUGAGAGUUAAUUUACUCGUAGCCAAUAUCCAUAACACUGUCAGUCAAAUGACAGGGAGUGGUAUCUAUGCACCAGAUUCUCCCAAGGUGUAUUACAUUGAUAUGAAUUCAGAGAAUGGGACGCUGCUCCUUUCGCAAUUGGACUCACAUCCCAAACUCUCACCACCAGUGAAUUGGAGCUCUUAUGCUAACAGCAUAGAACCUUUCUCAACAGAGCAAGAGGAAUUUAAAGCCUCAAUACUUUUUGAUAAAUUCACCUUCAAAGAACUCAUUAAUGAUACAGGAAACUACACUGUUUGUCAGAACACACUGUGUUGUUACUUGAGCUACAAAAUGUCUGAGAAGAGAACAGAUGAAGUUUAUGUUCUGGGGGCUUUUGAUGGACUUCACAUCGCUGAAGGGGAAUAUUAUGUACAGAUUUGUACACUGUUGAAAUGCUUGACAGCUAUGUUAGAAACUUGUGGGCGGCCCGUUGAAAAUGCAUCUACUGUGUUUGACAUGUUCUCUCUCAGCGGCACAUUUGAUUCUCAGCACGUUUUUCCAGAGAUGUUGCUGAGUGGCCUUCAGAUUGCGCCUGGAGACUUUGAGGUCUUUGCUAUCAUAGAGAGUUCUACUAUGAAUAUUUUGGUGUAUAUGGGGACUUUCUUUUUAUCAAUGACCUCCUUGAGGUACAUACCUUUUAGUGGAAUCUCUGGGUCAAAAAGUAUUGACAUUUCAGUCACUUAUUUCCAUAAUUCCAAGUUGCUUUCUAAACUGAUUAUAAUGAUUCACAGCUCCACCAACAGUAUCCUGAUGUGCUAUCUUGUGCCACAACUUCUCCAAUAGUACUGCCCUCCAAUAGUACUGGGCAAGAAGGGCUUCUGCUCCAGGCCCAGAGCCUCAAGGGCCCCUGUGCUUUGGAUGACUCCACUAAUCCUAGGCACAAAAAAUUAUUAAAGAGGUGAAAGAGUAAGAGAAAACCCUUGCUGUUGCUUUUGAAACCCUCAGGCCUGACUAGACUAAACUUAGGCUCUUGUGAGUGUUGCCUUAUGUCAGAAGGUAGAUGUAUUAUUAUCUCCAUUAUACAAGUGAGGAAACGCUAUGCCCAGAGUCAUACAGCAAGGACUUGAGGCAGAAUUUCAAUUUAGACCUUCCUCACUCUAAGAUCAGUGUUCUCUCCACUGACCCACCUAGACUUGAUACCUCAAUCACAAUCCAACGUUGGAAAAAGGAAAUUUAGAUUUGGAAACAUACUUUAAAAUUUUAUUUUGCUUCAGAGGAGAGAUUAGAAUAAUGGCUAUAAAGUGGGUAUAAUAGGUAUAAUGUUCUAGAAGACAGAUCUUGGCUCAGUGUAAGUUGCUGUUGACAGGCAGCUUGGCAUAGGCCAGCCACCGCCUGAUACAUGCUGGCUGUGUGACCAUGAGCAAGUCACUUAAACUCUCAGUGUCCUUUGCCAGUCAUAGUGUCCGGGAAAAUCGUUUAAACCUGUUUGCCUCAGUUUCUUCAUCUGUAAAAU